AUGGAAGAUUCUAGAUCGCCGCCCACGUCUCCAGACGAGAGUAUUCCGCCCGCAGUACAGGCCAUCUCCAACUUGCGCUGUCCCUCGCCUCCACCCAUCUUGUCGAACUCGCGCAUCCACACGCCCAUAGCCAAAGCAUCCGAGCAAGGGGUGGCUGCAAAAAGCCUGCCCUCGGUGCGGGAAACGGUGCCUGCGGGCGGCGCCUUGUUACAGGAGCUCAAGGCCAAGGCUCGCUCGCCUGACACCGCCAGCGAGCCCCGCUCGGACUUGUCGGGUGCGUCGCUGCCUGAGGUGGCAGCUCCGCUCAACUACACGCUCAGCCCUCCGGCGCAAAGUGUCCAUCACAAAGCUCCGUCUGUGCACGCGCACUUUUACGUAGAUGAGACACAAAAGCCGGGCAAGAAUGUCAACCGCUCACGUAGCGGCUCCACCUCAGCCUCUGGGUCUGAGUACCUGGCUGCUGGAGGUGUUCGUCGUGACGAGAGGAUUGCACUGCCUGCACUUGCCAGCGGUGAGCAAAACGCCAAUAUCGAUCCGCGGUUGCCGCAAGACGAUGGCAAGCUCCAUGUGUUGUUUGGUGUGUGUGGCGCUCUUUCGACGCUGAAGAUCAAACUCAUCAUCCACAAGCUAUUUGAAAUAUACACGCCAGAGAAGAUUGCCAUCCAGCUUGUGCUCACAAAAUCUUCCGAAAACUUCAUCUCGCACGAAACCUUGCACCAUCUUGAAACGACGAAAAAGGUUCGUGUGUGGCGCGAUGCAGACGAAUGGACAACAUGGAACACACGCACAGACCCUGUGUUGCAUGUGGAGUUGCGUCGCUGGGCCGACAUUCUCGUUGUGUGUCCCAUGACUGCGAACACGCUUGCCAAGAUUGCAUUGGGACUUUGCGACAAUCUUUUAACCAACGUGAUUCGGGCAUGGAACACGGCCUACCCAAUCUUGGUGGCACCUGCCAUGGUCAGUAAUGCAUACAAUGCCAUCACCACGAAACGGCAGUUGCGGCUCAUUGCGGAGGAGAUGCCGUGGAUCGAAAUCUUGAAGCCAGUUGAGAAGGUGGUGGGCUCGUAUGGUGACAUUGGUAUGGGAGGCAUGAUGGAUUGGAAUGAAAUCGUCAAUAAAGUGGUGAUGAAAUUGGGUGGUUAUCCUGAGGAUGACGAUGAGGAUGACGAUCUUAAGAAUAAUGCUAGUGAUCAUGCCAUCGCGGACGACAACGAUGACGAUGAUGACGAUGAUGACGAUGACGACGACGAUGACGACGACGAUGAUGAUGAUGAUGACGAUGAAGUCGACGAGGCAGACGAGGUUGUGCGUGCCAAAAAAGAGGUGCUCGAUGCAGACAUGGCCGCGUUGAAGUUGAAUAGAGAAUUGUGA